AUGGAGUCGCCGCCGCCGAAUGUUGACGACGUAAACGACGACGCGUCGUCUUUGACCGCGGCGAGGGAAGGUUUGAUGGUUGACGAGAGAAACGUUUUAGUUUUGAAAGACGUGCGCUUCGGGGGAGGCGAUGACGUAGGAGGAAACCGUCGGCGGAUUAGGAUACGGUUGCUGGAACGAAAAAGCCCGAAGAUUGUGGACGCGUUCAAAGAGUUCGGGCGGAACGGUGUUUUGGGUACUUUUUACAGGUCAGAAGCUGUUCCGGAAGUUGGCGCGAUAGAUAAUUACGGUGGGCCUGGACCACCGUACGCUUUGAUACAAGCGACGCAAAACGGGAGGAUGAACGGUGGAAGGAUGCCGAGAGAGUUUGCGCCGAUGGUCGAGAGAGGGUACGUUUGCUUGAUAGGAGAAGGCCCAGAUUGGUUCAUAGCGAUUGGAUCUCACCACGAGUGGGGACACGGUCAUAGCGUUUGGGGGAUAGUAGAAGACGACGAAUCGUUAGAAGUGGCAGACGCGAUAACGCGACUGCCGAUUAGACACGAAAAGUGGGGCCAGACCAACGUCACCGUUUUACUGGAAAAAGUGUCGUUCCAGUACGGGAUAGAAGAGGUGGGUUACAAAAGAAUAUGA